AUGAUCGCGGCCAGCCUACUCCCCUCGCGCUUCCGCGGCGAGCAGCCCGCCUCCCAGCCCGCCGCGCCUUCGUGGAUCAACAAGAAGGUCACCCCGCUGCUGCAGGUCCUGUCUAAGCUCACGUCCUCGCACCCCAUCCACACCAUCGUCAUCGUCGCCCUGCUCGCGAGCUCUACCUACAUCGGCCUCCUCGAGGACAGCCUGUUCGAUGCCACCAAGAGCGUUAGGAAAGCCGAAUGGUCCUCUCUCGCCGAGGGCAGCAGGCGGCUGCGAGCCGGCCCCGAGACGGGCUGGAAGUGGCAGAACUCCGACACCGACUACCCCGUUCCCAGAAAUGCCAACCACGUCGCCCUCCUGACGCUCGUCUUCCCCGAGUCGCUGUCUAACGACGCCUCCAAGGCGCCCCCGAUGCCUAACGCAGUGCCUGUCCCCCAGAACCUCUCCAUCACGCCUCUGCCUUCGACCUCGAACUCGUUUACCACCUACGCACAAGACAGCGCCCUGGCCUUUGCUGUCCCCUACAGCCAGGCGUCCGAGUUUCUCGCGCUUGCCCAAGAACUGCCCAAUGGAAGCCCUGCGCAGGAGACGCGCGAGACGGAACAUGGACACGAACAGAAGAAGUGGAUCAUGAAGGCCGCGCGGGUGCAGACUCGCAGUAGUCUUGUGCGGUGGGGCCAGAACGCCUGGGUCGAGUUCACAGAUCUGCUCAAGAACGCAGAGACGCUCGACAUUGUCAUCAUGGCUCUGGGCUACAUCUCGAUGCACCUCACCUUCGUCUCGCUGUUUCUGUCCAUGCGUCGCAUGGGCUCCAACUUUUGGCUCGCCACCAGCGUCCUGUUCUCGUCCGUGUUUGCGUUCCUGUUUGGCCUGUUUGUCACCACCAAGCUCGGUGUCCCAAUCAGCAUGGUUCUCUUGUCCGAGGGCCUGCCGUUCCUUGUUGUCACCAUCGGGUUCGAGAAGAACAUUGUCCUUACGCGCGCCGUCCUGUCCCACGCCAUCGAGCAUCGCCGGCCAUCCGACAGCCCAGGCAAGGCGUCGAAGAAGACCGAGGCCAGCUCGAGCGUGAUCCAGUCGGCAAUCCACGUGGCCCUCCGAGAGAAGGGCUUCGACAUCAUUAAGGACUAUGCCAUUGAAGUCGGCAUUCUCAUCGCCGGCGCCGCGUCGGGCGUGCAGGGCGGCCUGCAGCAGUUCUGCUUCCUCGCGGCCUGGAUCCUGUUCUUUGACUGCAUCCUGCUCUUUUCCUUCUACACUGCCAUCCUCUGCAUCAAGCUCGAGAUCAACCGCAUCAAGCGCCACGUCGAGAUGCGCAAGGCAUUGGAGGACGACGGGGUCAGCCGCCGCAUCGCUGAGAGCGUGGCUCGAAGCAACGACUGGCCCAGAGCCGACGGGAAGGAUCAGCCGGGGACGACCAUCUUUGGCCGCCAUCUUAGUAGCACUCAAAUCCCAAAGUUCAAGGUUCUGAUGGUUUCGGGCUUCUUCCUCAUCAACGCCCUAAAUCUGUGCACGAUCCCCUUCCGGAGCGCCAACUCCAUCUCGAGCAUCUCGUCUUGGGCCCGCGGGCUUGGCGGUGUUGUCGCGCCCCCGCCCGUGGACCCCUUCAAGGUCGCGUCUAACGGGCUAGAGAUCAUUCUCGAAGCGGCCCAGUCCGAGGGUAGGGACACGGUUGUAACCAUUCUCACGCCGAUCCGGUACGAGCUCGAGUUCCCGUCCGUCCACUACGACCUGCCGCAACUCAAGGAUGCCGAGGAGCGCUUCGGCAACCUGGGCGAAUAUGGCAUGGGUGGUCGGAUGGUCGGCGGCAUCCUCAAGAGCCUUGAGGACCCCAUCCUGUCCAAGUGGAUAGUGGUUGCUCUGGCUCUAAGCGUAGCGCUGAAUGGCUAUCUCUUUAAUGCGGCGAGAUGGGGCAUCAAGGACCCCAAUGCUCCAGAUCAUCCCAUCAACCCCGAGGACUUGGCCGACGCCCAGAAGUUCAACGACACCGAGUCGGCCACGCUCCCGCUCGGGGAAUACAUGAAGCCUACACCCCCGCCGCCGGUUCCGCUCACUCCUGCCUCGACAGACGACGAGUCAGACGUGCUGCUGAAAACUUCCAGACCGGCGCCUCCCGCAGAAAACCCCAUGGUCGUUCGCAGCUUUGCACUUCUAGAGAAGAUGCUGCAGGAGAAGCGCGCCCAUGAGCUCAACGACGAAGAGGUCGUCGCGCUGUCCAUGCGCGGCAAGAUCCCCGGUUACGCUCUCGAGAAGACGCUCAAGGACUUCACACGCGCCGUCAAGAUUCGCCGCAGCAUCAUCUCCCGGACCAAGGCGACCACCGAUUUGACCAACUUCCUCGAACGCUCCAAGCUCCCCUACGAGAACUACAACUGGGCACAGGUUCAUGGAGCGUGCUGCGAGAACGUGGUUGGAUACAUGCCGCUCCCUGUUGGCGUCGCCGGCCCGCUUGUCAUCGACGGCCAGAGCUACUUCAUCCCCAUGGCGACGACGGAGGGUGUCUUGGUUGCCAGCGCGAGCAGAGGAUGCAAGGCCAUCAACUCGGGCGGAGGCGCUGUCACGGUGCUGACUGCCGACGGCAUGACCAGGGGGCCCUGCGUCACCUUUGAGACUCUCGAGCGGGCUGGCGCUGCCAAGCUGUGGCUCGACUCGGACAAGGGCCAGGCGACGAUGAAGGCCGCUUUCAACUCCACCAGCCGGUUCGCGCGGCUCAACAACAUGAAGACGGCCCUGGCCGGCACAAACCUGUACAUCCGCUUCCAGACGACGACUGGCGACGCCAUGGGCAUGAACAUGAUCUCCAAGGGCGUUGAGCACGCGCUGAGCGUCAUGAUGGACCAGGGCUUUGAGGACAUGAACAUUGUGACAGUCAGCGGGAACUACUGCACCGACAAGAAGGCCGCGGCCAUCAACUGGGUCAAUGGCCGCGGCAAGAGCGUUGUCGCCGAGGCCAUCAUCCCGGCAGACGUGGUCAAGAGCGUGCUCAAGACCGACGUCAACACCUUGGUUGAGCUGAACAUUAACAAGAACCUGAUCGGCUCGGCCAUGGCAGGCUCCAUUGGCGGAUUCAACGCCCACGCAGCCAACAUGGUGGCGGCUAUUUUCCUCGCCACGGGCCAGGAUCCAGCCCAGGUGGUCGAGAGCGCCAAUUGCAUCACCAUCAUGAAGAAUCUCCGUGGUUCCCUGCAGAUCUCCGUGUCGAUGCCGUCCAUAGAGGUCGGGACGCUCGGCGGCGGCACUAUUCUGGAGCCCCAGGGGGCCAUGCUCGACAUGCUGGGGGUCCGCGGCCCGCACCCGACGAGUCCGGGCGAGAACGCGCGGCGGCUGGCCCGCAUCGUGGCUGCCGCUGUUCUGGCGGGUGAGCUGUCCCUCUGCAGCGCUCUCGCGGCCGGCCACCUUGUCCAGGCACACAUGGCGCACAACCGGUCGGCGCCUCCCACAAGGACCACCACACCGGCGCCAGCCGGCGGAGCCAUGACACCUGUGUCCCUCGCCAUGACAAGUGCUGUUGAGAGGGUCGCGUCCAGCAACGGCCUCAGCGCCGCUGCCGUCGAGCGCGCACGGCGCUAG